AUGGCCCAUUCAGAACCUGCAAACAUAGACAUCAGUCCAUAUCAAGCCAACAGUGGGCCCCGAAAACCCCACAUUCUACUUGCCGCCAGCGGAAGUGUGGCAGCAAUAAAAUUCUCCAACCUCUGCCACAGCUUUUCCGAGUGGGCCGAAGUUCAAGCUGUUGCUACUAAAGCAUCGUUACAUUUUGUUGACAGGGUUUCGCUUCCAAAGGACGUGAUUCUUUACACUGACGAGGAUGAAUGGUCGGCCUGGAAAAAAAUAGGCGAUAGCGUGCUUCACAUUGAGCUGAGAAAAUGGGCCGAUAUAAUGGUCAUUGCACCUUUAUCAGCAAACACACUUGCUAAGAUUGCCGGGGGGGUUUGUGAUAACCUGCUUACGUGCAUAAUUCGGGCAUGGGAUUACACUAAACCGAUGUUUGUGGCUCCAGCCAUGAACACCUUCAUGUGGAACAACCCUUUCACCGAACGGCAUCUAAUAGCCAUUGACGAUCUUGGGAUUUCUCUCAUCCCACCCGUGAAAAAGAGGCUCGCCUGUGGGGAUUAUGGUAAUGGGGCAAUGGCCGAGCCUUCUCUCAUAUAUUCGACCGUGAGGAUUUUCUUCGAGACUCGGGAGCAGUCGAGUGGUGCCAGUGUUUAG